AAUACUUACCGUGAAUGUUUUGGGGGUAUUUAUAGGUUAGAAAAAGGAGAAAAGGGAAAAUUAAAUUAACUAAUGUGUCAUGUAAACAGCAUAUUUGGUAAUUUGAAGAGUUACAUCUAAACUCUAAUUAAAUGGAUGUAUCAGUGCACAAAACAUAUAAUGUAUAUAUAAUAUCAGUGUAAAAAGUACAGCAACAUCUAACAAAUGUUUCACAAAUUUGAUAAUAUUUUGAUUUGUUUUGAUUACUAGUAAUGGAUUCGGAAGUACACACUUCGGAUUCAAAUAGUAAAAGGUUCAAUGUAGAAGAUUUAAACAUUGAAAUUCUUCCUGUCAUUUACGAAAUUAUUAGAAGUGUUGAAAAAGACAACCAUCACGAUAACGCAGUGAAAACACGAGAUUCUCAAGACUGUUCCCAAAAAGUUUUGGAGCUACAGAAGAGACUAGAUCAAGCUCGAGCCGAGAUACGAAUGCUUCCUGGUAUCGACUACAGCAAAGAGCAGCAGCUUAAUCACUUAGAAGCCCUGAAGACACAACUUCGAUUGAAACAGGAAUUACUACAAAAAUACCGUUAUAUGUAUCCGUUCGAUAUCCAAAAGCAAUAAGGAGUACAUCAUGGUAUUGCAAU